UGCUCUGAAAAUGACCUCCAAAUUCCUUUGCUCUAAAUGCGGUUUUUGCAUAAACUAUGACUAUUUCGGGAACAAACCACCAGGGGCAGAUACAUUACUAUUGCUAGAGGAAGCGUACAUAAUGAACGAUCCGUUUGCAGAGAACCGGCGCGGCAAGUUUAUCAUCCUGGGCAGUCACUGCUCAGUCUGCUCCAAGUCUGUGUGCAUAGCUCAGGGCUGCAGCAUUUUUUACACAAAACGGUUCUGCAUAGACUGCGUUAUAAAAAAUUUGAGUGAGUUUCCAACUGAAGUUCAAGAAGAGGCUCAGAAAAGAGUACAAAAUGGCUGA